GGCGAUCUUCCUACCUCAGCCUCCUGAGUCGCUGGGACUACAGGAGACGCUUUGUCGGGUGAGAGGUGGUGACCAUGCACCAUGGCAGCGGCCCCCAGAAUGUCCAGCACCAGCUGCAGAGGUCCAGGUCCUUCACUGGCAGCGAGGGGGAUGAGCAGCCGGCCCACCCAACCCUGCCUCCCUCCCCAGCCACACCCUUCGCCCCCUCAGCAAGCCCGUCUGCACCCCAGUCCCCCAGCUACCAGAUCCAGCAGCUGAUGAGCAGGAGCCCCGCGGCUGGGCAGAAUGUGAACAUCACCCUGCAGAACGUCGGCCCCGUUGUGGGAGGAAGCCAGCAGAUCACGCUGGCCCCUCUGCCGCUCCCCAGCCCCACCUCUCCGGGCUUCCAGUUUGGUGCUCAGCCACGGCGGUUUGAGCAUGGGUCCCCAUCGUACAUUCAAGUGACGUCGCCGCUGUCCCAGCAGGUUCAGACCCAGAGUCCCACGCAACCCAGCCCUGGGCCGGGGCAGACCCUGCAGAGUGUGCGUGCAGGUGGCCCUGGCCCUGGGCUGGGCAUCUGUGGCAGCAGCCCCACGGGAGGGUUUGUGGACGCUAGUGUACUGGUGAGACAGAUCAGUCUGAGCCCGUCGAGUGGCGGACACUUUGUGUUUCAGGAUGGGUCUGGACUCACCCAGAUCGCCCAGGGAGCCCAGGUUCAGCUCCAGCAUGCGGGUGCACCCCUCGCAGUCCGCGAGCGGAGGCUCUCCCAGUCUCAUGCCCAGGCGGGAGGCACCAUCCACCACCUGGGCCCUCAGAGCCCUGCAGCCGCAGGUGGGACCGGCCUGCAGCCCCUGGCCAGCCCGAGCCACAUCACCACCGCGAGCCUGCCACCCCAGAUCAGCAGCAUUAUCCAGGGCCAGCUGAUCCAGCAGCAGCAGGUGCUGCAGGGGCAGCCGCUGACCCGACCCCUGGGCUUUGAGAGGACUCCCAGCAUGCUGCUCCCCGGGGCCGGGGGGACAUCGGCGUUUGGGAUGACGUCCCCGCCCCCGCCCACCAGUCCUUCCAGGACCACCGUGACCCCAGGCCUUUCCAGCCUUCCCCUCCCUUCUGUGGGGAGCACAGCCAUGAAGAAGGCUCCCAGGAAGUUGGAGGAGAUCCCCCCAGCUUCCCAGGAGAUGGCACAGAUGAGGAAGCAGUGCCUGGACUAUCACUACAAAGAAAUGGAGGCGCUGAAGGAGGUCUUCAGGGAAUAUUUGAUUGAGCUCUUUUUCUUGCAACAUUUUCAAGGGAACAUGAUGGAUUUCUUAGCUUUCAAGAAGAAGCAUUAUGCCCCGUUACAGGCAUAUCUUAGACAGAAUGAUCUGGACAUUGAAGAAGAGGAGGAAGAAGAGGAAGAGGAGGAAGAGAAAUCAGAGGUUAUCAAUGAUGAGCAGCAAGGCCUCGCAGGGAGCCUGGUGACAGGGGCCGGAGGCACAUUAGAGGCAGACCCCUUUACAAGGCAGCAGGCGAUGCCCCCCGCAGGUAUGUCAGGACAGUCUAAGCGACCUCGACUUGAAGUGGGUCAUCAAGGGGUAGUUUUCCAGCAUCCAGGGGUGAAUGCAGGAGUUCCUCUUCAGCAGUUAAUGCCAACAGCACAAGGAGGAAUGCCCCCCACCCCUCAGGCCGUGCAGCUUACUGGACAGAGGCAGAGUCAGCAGCAGUAUGACCCGUCCACGGGGCCCCCUGUGCAGAAUGCUGCCAGCUUGCACACCCCACCACCACAGCUGCCUGGGAGGCUGCCCCCGGCUGGCGUCCCUGCCACAGCCCUCCCCUCUGCACUGCAGCUCGCACAGCAGCCGCAGCUGGUGGAGGCUCAGACGCAGCUCCAUAUCCCAGGGAAGACUCAGCAGCCGAGCGUCCCCAUCCCCACCCCCCCACCCAGCCAGCUGCCCCCACUUCCGCAGCCUGUGCCGCUGGCCCUCCAUGUCCCGACACCUGGGAAGGCACAGGUGCAGGCCUCUCAGCUUUCCUCCCUGCCACAGACGGCGGUGUCGACAAGGCCACCUGUGGAUCCUACCCCUCCCUGCCCGCGAUCUCUGCCCAGCUCCUCCUCUACCUCGUCCCUCACACCCGUGAGUGGCUCAGGCCCAGGACCCUCGCCUGCUCGUUCCUCUCCAGUAAGCAGACCCUCCUCAGCAGCCAACAAGGCAUUGUCUCCCGUCACGUCCCGGGCCCCGGGGGCAGCUGUGUUGGCCACCCCCAAACCACAGAGUCCUGCUCAGAGUGCCACUUCAUCCCAAGACAACUCUCAGGAUACGCUGGCGGAACAGAUAACACUGGAAAACCAGGUGCAUCAGCGCAUAGCAGAUUUAAGGAAGGAAGGCCUGUGGUCUCUGAGGCGGCUGCCCAAGCUGCAGGAGGCCCCACGCCCCAAAUCCCACUGGGACUACCUGCUGGAGGAGAUGCAGUGGAUGGCCACAGACUUCGCCCAGGAGAGGAGGUGGAAGGUGGCUGCUGCGAAGAAGCUUGUUAGAACUGUAGCACGCCAUCAUGAAGAAAAGAAACUUCGUGAAGAAAGGGGAAGGAAAGAAGAACAGAGCAGACUGAGGCGUAUAGCUGCCUCGGCCGCCCGAGAGAUAGAAUAUUUUUGGUCAAACAUUGAACAGGUUGUGGAAAUAAAACUACAAGUAGAAUUAGAAGAAAAAAGGAAAAAGGCCUUAAAUUUGCAGAGAGCUUCCAAGAGAGGGAAAGAAUGGAGACCUAAGGGACUGGACUUGCUACCAGAAAACUUUCUGGAUUCAGGAAUGCCUGGAAGAAAAAGAAAAGCUAGUGUGUCUCUGGCUGAUGAUGAAGUGGAAGACGAAGAGGAGACGAUUGAAGAGGAAGAAGCGAGUGAAGGGGCUGUAGAUCACCAAACAGAGCUCUCCAAUUUAGCCAGAGAAGCUGAGCUACCCCUAACUGACCUGAUGAAGCUGUACGAGGGCGCCUUUCUGCCUGGCGCUCAGCGACCCCAGCCCAGGCCGGAUAGCGAAGAGACAAGCGGAGAAGAAGAUGCAGAAGAUUGUGCUGGGGAUGGCGAGAGCCGGAAGGACGUGGUUGUCAUCGACUCACUCUUCAUCAUGGAUCAGUUUAAAGCCGCAGAGAGAAUGAAUAUUGGGAAACCCAAUACCAGGGACAUUGCAGAGGUCACUGCUGUGGCUGAAGCCAUCCUGCCCAAGGGCAGUGCUCGGAUCACGACCUCGGUGAAGUUUAAUGCUCCGGCUUUGCUCUAUGGUGCUCUCAGAGAUUACCAGAAGAUCGGCCUAGACUGGCUGGCCAAACUGUACCGCAAAAGUCUCAAUGGCAUCUUGGCAGAUGAAGCCGGGCUCGGGAAGACAGUGCAGAUCAUUGCCUUUUUUGCCCACCUGGCUUGUAAUGAAGGUAAUUGGGGCCCCCACCUUGUUGUCGUGAGAAGUUGUAACAUACUCAAGUGGGAGCUUGAAUUGAAACGUUGGUGUCCUGGGCUCAAAAUCCUCUCGUAUAUUGGCAGUCACAGAGAACUCAAAGCAAAGAGACAGGCGUGGAGCACACCCAACAGCUGCCACGUGUGCGUCGCGCCCUACUCACAGUUCUUCAGGGGCCGCACCGCCUUCACACGAGUACGCUGGAAGUGCCUGGUCGUUGACGAGAUGCAGCGUGUGAAGGGCCUGACCGAGAGGCACUGGGAGGCAGUUUUCUCGCUGCAGAGCCAGCAACGCCUGCUGCUGAUCGACGCACCGUUGCACAACACUUUCCCGGAGCUCUGGACCGUGGUGCACUUUCUGGUCCCGGGCAUCUCCAGGCCCUACCGGAGCUUCCCCCUGAGAGCCCCCAGCGACGAGAGCCAGGAUUACUACCACAAGGUGGUCAUCAGGCUGCACAGGGUGACACAACCAUUUAUUUUGAGGAGAACUAAAAGAGAUGUGGAAAAACAACUGACAAAGAAAUAUGAGCAUGUUUUGAAGUGUCGCCUUUCGAAUCGACAGAAAGCCUUAUAUGAGGAUGUUAUCCUACAACCCGGAACUCAGGAGGCUCUGAAGAGUGGGCACUUUGUCAGUGUGCUGAGCAUUGUGGUGCGGCUGCAGCGCAUCUGCAACCACCCUGGGCUGGUGGAACCCCGGCUGCCAGGCUCCUCCUAUGUGGCGGGGUCUCUGGAGUACCGGUCGGCCUCCCUGACUCUGAAAGCACUGGAGAGAGACUUCUGGAAGGAAACGGAUCUUUCUAUGUUUGAUCUCAUUGGGUUAGAGAAUAAAAUCACCCGCCAUGAGGCAGAAUUGCUGUUCAAGAAAAAGGUAACACGCAAACUCAUGGAGGAGAUCUCCAGCUCGCCAGCCUCAUCAACCCGGCCAGCGGCAGUGAAGCUGAAGGCCAGCAGGUUGUUUCAGCCUGUGCAGUAUGGCCAGAAGCCCGAGGGCCGCACCGUGGCUUUCCCUAGCACGCACCCACCCCGGACAGCAGCCACUACUGCGGCCUCUGCUACUCCACAGGGCCAGCUUCGAGGACGGCCACCCAUUGCCACAUUCUCUGCAAAUCCGGAGACAAAAGCGGCCGCGGCCCCGGCUCAGACCCCUCGGGCUUGCUCCAGUGCUCCGCGACACCAGCCCGCCUCGACCUUCAGCGCAGCCGCUAGCCCAGCCCAUCCUGCGAAACCACGGGCGCAGACCGCUGCCCAGGCCUCCACCCCGGGCCCGCCCCCGUGCUGCCUCUACCAGCCGCCUUUGGCUGGCGGUGGAGAGGUCGUCAAAAUAGCACAGCUGGCGUCCAUCGCGGGGCCGCAGAGCCGCGUGGCACAGCCAGAGACACCGGUAACACUACAAUUCCAAGGCAGCAAGUUCACGCUAUCGCACAGCCAGCUCCGGCAACUCACAGCGGGCCAGCCGCUGCAGCUGCAGGGCAGUGUUCUUCAGAUCGUGUCCGCCCCUGGGCAACCUUACCUGCGAGCCCCCGGCCCCGUGGUGAUGCAGACCGUGUCUCAGGCGGGUGCUGUGCAUGGCACUUUGGGAAGCAAGCCCCCAGCUGGCAGCCCCAGCCCUGCACCCUUGACCCCACAAGUUGGUGUUCCCGGGCGUGUGGCGGUCAGUGCCUUGGCAGUGGGAGAACCGGGAGCCGCCUCUAAACCAGCCUCUCCCCUCGGGGGGCCAACCCAGGAGGAAAAGGCCAGACUCUUGAAAGAGCGGCUGGAUCAGAUCUAUUUUGUCAACGAGCGGCGCUGUUCCCGAGCUCCAGUCUACGGCAGAGAUCUCUUAGGGGUUUGUUUGCUGACUGGCAGAGGAAGGCUGCCUUGGCGGGGUUCUGUGGAUUGCAGACUCGGGAAGGAGGCUGGGCCAGCGAGCCAUUGCUUGUCACCCUCGAGGAAUCAGAAUGAGUUGAUGUGGACGCUGAGCCAGUGUCAGGAGUCACUCCAGGACGUCGUUGACAGGGUGGCCUGUGUAAUUCCUCCGGUGGUUGCAGCUCCCCCAUCCUUGUGGGUUGCGAGGCCGCCCUCCCUGUACAGCCACAGAAUGAGGGUCUUCAGGCAGGGCCUGCGAGAGCACACUGCCCCCUACUUCCAGCAGCUGUGUCGAUUGACUGCCCUGCGCCUGUUGCAGUUCCCUGAGCUGAGACUGGUACAGUUCGAUUCAGGAAAGUUAGAGGCUCUGGCCAUCUUGCUUCAGAAGCUGAAGUCUGAAGGACGCCGGGUGUUGAUCUUAUCCCAGAUGGUUCUCAUGUUGGACAUUCUGGAAAUGUUCUUAAACUUCCAUUACCUCACCUAUGUCAGAAUCGAUGAGAACGCCAGCCGGGAGCAGCGGCAGGAACUGAUGAGGAGUUUCAACAGAGACAGGCGGAUUUUUUGUGCCAUCCUCUCCACUCACAGCCGUGCCAUGGGCAUUAACCUCGUGGAGGCGGACACCGUCGUGUUUUAUGACAACGACCUGAACCCGGUGAUGGAUGCCAAGGCUCAGGAGUGGUGUGACAGGAUUGGGAGGUGCAAGGACAUCCAUAUAUACAGGCUUGUGAGUGGCAAUUCCAUCGAAGAGAAAUUGUUGAAAAAUGGAACUAAAGAUUUGAUUCGAGAAGUAGCUGCUCAGGGAAAUGACUAUUCCAUGGCGUUCCUGACUCAGCGAACUAUCCAGGAGCUGUUUGAGGUCUACUCUCCUGUGGACGAUGCUGGCUUCCCAGUCAAAGCGGAGGAGUUCGUGGUGCUCUCUCAGGAGCCUUCCGUCACGGAAACCAUCGCUCCCAAGAUUGCAAGACCUUUUAUAGAGGCCCUCAAGAGCAUUGAGUAUCUGGAGGAAGAUGCACAAAAGUCCCUCGAGGAAGCAGUGACUGUAUCACAUCCUGACAUGUCAUCAGACGCAGACAGCACCAGGUGCCGUGACGCGCCAUCCCAGUUGGAAGAGCUCGCCGACUUCAUGGAACAGCUUACACCAAUUGAAAAAUAUGCUUUAAAUUACCUGGAAUUGUUUCAUACUUCCAUUGAGCAAGAAAAAGAGAGAAAUAGUGAGGAUGCAGUGAUGACUUCCAUGAGGGAGUGGGAGUCCUGGAACCUGAGGACCCUGCAGGCCCGGGAGGCCCAGCUGCGGCUGGAGCAGGAAGAGGCGCGGCUCCUCACCUAUACCCGCGAGGACGCCUACAGCAUGGAAUAUGUCUGUGAAGAUGCCGACGGACAAACAGACAUCAUGCCGCUCUGGACCCCGCCCACACCCCCUCAGGAUGACAAUGAUAUCUACCUGGACUCGGUCAUGUGUCUCAUGUACGAAGCCACUCCCAUCCCGGAGGCUAAGCUGCCACCCGUGUAUGUGAGGAAAGAGCGGAAACGGCAUAAGACGGACCCCUCAGUUGCAGGCAGGAAGAAGAAGCAGCGUCAUGGGGAGGCGGUUGUGCCCCCACGGUCUCUAUUUGACCGAGCAACGCCAGGCAUGCUGAAAAUCCGCAGAGAGGGGAAGGAGCAGAAGAAGAACAUUCUGCUGAAGCAGCAGACACAGUUUGCCAAGCCUUUGCCAACUUUCGCCAAACCAACAGCUGAGCCUGGUCAGGACAAUCCCGAGUGGCUCAUCAGUGAAGACUGGGCCCUGCUGCAGGCCGUGAAGCAGUUACUCGAGCUACCUUUGAACCUCACAGUCGUGUCACCUGCUCACACACCCAACUGGGAUCUGGUCAGCGAUGUCGUCAACUCCUGCAGCCGCGUCUACCGGUCUUCCAAGCAGUGCCGGCAUCGCUAUGAGAGUGUCAUCAUCCCACGGGAGGAAGGGAAGAGUAAAAACAACCGUCCUCUCCGUACGAGCCAGAUUUAUGCCCAGGAUGAGAACGCCACACACACUCAGCUGUACACAAACCACUUUGACUUAAUGAAAAUGACUGCGGGCAAGAGAAGCCCCCCCAUCAAGCCUCUGCUUGGCAUGAAUCCUUUUCAGAAAAACCCCAAGCAUGCCUCUGUGUUGGCAGAAAGUGGAAUCAACUAUGACAAGCCACUGCCUCCCAUCCAGGUUGCAUCUCUCCGUGCAGAGCGAAUUGCAAAAGAGAAAAAGGCUCUGGCGGACCAACAGAAGGCGCAGCAACCUGCUGUGGCGCAGCCACCACCUCCACAGCCCCAGCCUGCACCGCCCCCACAGCAGCCUCCGCCACCGCUGCCACAGCCACAGGCAGCAGGCAACCAGCCACCAGCAGGACCACCUGCCGUCCAGCCACCACCACCACCACCUCAGCCUCAGCCCCAGCCGCAGCCUGUGCAGGCCCCAGCAAAGGGGCAGCCGGCUAUAACGACCGUGGGCAGCACUGCUGUGCUGGCAGGAACCAUUAAAACAUCAGUUACUGGGACAAGCAUACCGACUGGUACUGUGAGCGGAAAUGUUAUUGUGAACACCAUAGCGGGCGUUCCGGCUGCCACUUUUCAGUCCAUCAACAAGCGCCUCGCUUCACCAGUGGCCCCUGGGACCUUGACCACGCCCGGAGGCUCUACUCCUGCCCAGGUGGUUCACACCCAGUCCCAGCCGCGAGCAGUGGGUUCCCCGGCCUCUGCCACUACUGACCUUGUGUCCAUGGCAACAACUCAGGGUGUUCGAGCAGUCACUUCUGUGACUGCCUCCGCUGUGGUCACUACCAACCUGACUCCAGUGCAGACCCCGGCACGGUCUUUGGUGCCCCAAGUGUCCCAAGCCACGGGUGUUCAACUCCCUGGAAAAACCAUCACCCCCGCACACUUCCAGCUUCUCAGGCAGCAGCAGCAGCAACAGCAGCAGCAGCAGCAGGCCUCCCAGGUGCAAGGGCCUCCGACCCAGGGCCAGGCCCCACCCCCUGCGCAGAUCAAAGCUGUGGGCAAACUGACACCGGAGCACCUCAUCAAGAUGCAGAAGCAGAAGCUGCAGCUGCCCCCACAGCCCCCGCCGCAAGCCCAGCCGGGGCCCCCGCAGCCAGCAGCACAGGUGCAGGUGCCGCCCCCGCAGACCCCGCAGCAGCAGAGCCCCCAGCUCACCACCGUCACCGCCCCGAGGCCUGGAGCCCUGCUCACAGGCACUACCGUGGCCAACCUCCAGGUGGCCCGGCUGACCCGGGUUCCCACUUCUCAGCUGCAGGCGCAAGGGCAGAUGCAAACCCAGACACCCCAACCGGCUCAGGUGGCCUUGGCGAAGCCUCCGGUGGUAUCCGUGCCAGCGGCUGUGGUCUCCUCACCAGGGGUCACCACCCUGCCCAUGAACGUCGCGGGGAUCAGCGUGGCCAUCGGGCAGCCGCAGAAAGCAGCAGGACAGACUGUGGUGGCCCAGCCCGUGCAUGUGCAGCAGUUGCUGAAGCUUAAGCAGCAGGCCGUCCAGCAGCAGAAGGCCAUCCAGCCUCAGGUCGCCCAAAGCCAGACCACCGUCCAGCAGAAGAUAACAGCACAGCAGAUUGCUGCCCAGGGCCCUCAGCAGAAGGUCACCUAUGCCGCCCAGCCAGCCCUUAAGACCCAGUUUCUCACCACGCCCAUCUCCCAGGCCCAGAAACUGGCUGGGACCCAGCAAGUGCAGACCCAGAUCCAGGUUGCAAAACUUCCUCAAGUUGUCCAACAGCAAACACCUGUGGCCAGCAUCCAGCAGGUUGCCUCCGCCUCUCAACAGGCUUCUCCACAGACCGUCACGCUCACGCAGGCAACCGCAGCAGGGCAGCAGGUACAGAUGAUACCUGCGGUGACUGCCACAGCCCAGGUGGUGCAGCAGAAACUCAUCCAACAGCAGGUGGUGACUACAGCGUCGACCCCGCUCCAGACCCCAGGUGUUCCCAACCCAGCCCAGGGGCCAGCCAACUCUGAUAGCCCAAACCAGCAGCCCAAGUUACAGAUGAGGGUCCCUGCUGUCAGGCUGAAGACGCCCACCAAGCCUCCGUGCCAAUAGUCAGGAGAGCAGGGACAGCCUCUCGCCUGAAGCAAAGCCACCCUCCUCCCUGGAAAUACUUCGUUUACUUUUGAAGCAAGGGACGAUGUCAUGUGAGAUAUUCAGCACUCGGAAAGCUGCGAUUGAAGCAGCAGUGUAACCACUUUAAUAAAAUGCAUCCUACACUGCAGGGCGGGCAAUCUGUGUGCACCGACCCUCUUCUCUAUCAUGUGGCUCAUCAAGAAAGUGACUGUGCAGUUUUUUUGAAAUCAUCACACCUUGUGGGUCAUCCUCUAGAACAGUGGUACUAAGCCUUGAAAGCCAUCU